AUGGACCAGAGAGGAGAGUUAAGGACCAGUUUAGCGAGUUUUGUGGUAGUUCGUCACCCUUACGAGCGUGUUGUCAGUGCUUACAGGGACAAAAUACAAGCAGCCGACAAGAAGGUUUACUACAACAAAGUUGGCAGAUUUGCAAAGAUAAAAUACCGGGCCAUACCGUCUAAUAUCUCAUCAGAACACAGGGAGGUAAUGAUAGCCGAGGCAGAUGAUUUAGUUAAAUCUGGACACCUCACCGUUGAAGAUUCACAUAAUCCCUUUACAAAUCCCCUUGGUCCCACGUUCCUCGAGUUCUCAAAAGCCAUUAUCUAUGACAACAAGCGUGACAUGCACUGGGCAGUAUACGAGAAGUGGUGUGCUCCUUGUUACUCCCACUACUCCUCCAUAGUCAAGUUUGAAACCCUGAAUAUCGACAAUUUGUACGUGUUACGACAGCACGGUCUCAAUAUCACAGGGUUUGAGGCUCACAGUAACCCUACUAGCAAUGGAGGCACCAGGGAGGUAAUGUGGAAGUCGUACUUCCGGUCUCUAGAUAGGGAUUUGUUGGUGGGGUAUAAGGACAGGUAUCAGGUGGAUUGUUUGUUGUUCGGCUACGAUUGUGACGUUUCUCAAUUCUUUUAG